GAAGAGUGCAUGCAGAUUUGGACGAAGAUGUGCUCAGAUAGCGUCAAAAGGCAAGUCUGGAACGUGCCUCGAGCGUUCCAAGAAAUCGAUAGUCAGGCUUCUCCAGGUGGCUGUGUCGCGCAGUUGAAGAGCGAAAUAUCACAGGGCAUUUUCAACAAGCAGCCAGUGCAGGAGAGCAGUUCCUUAGGAG